AUGGUCCACCCCAACGUUGACGAAACCUCCAUCUGCGCGGCCCCUCUCGAGCGCAGAAACUCCCUCGAAAAACACCUGCAAUCUCGUCCGGACCAGCAGGAUCUGAAGGAACGCCAUAUCCUGCUGGACACCAGCGUUGCCCCAUCCAUCCAGGCCGUCCAACAGGAAUUUGCCCGCCAGCGCAGGUCCGAUAGUCUCAAGAAGCAGCUGGAGCGUCGUCCGGAGAGGGAGGAAUUGAUCGAGCGCAACAUCCUCCCCGCUACCAAUACGGCCCCCGCACUGCAGGCCCACGCCCGCGAACUGGAACGCAACAUGCUGGCAGACAACCUCGAGCACAAGAUCCAGAAUCGCCCACAGCCGCAGCAGCUGAUCGAGCAGGGCAUCCUGGACGAGAGCGACGACCCAAGAAGCCCAAAGGAGUAA